AUGACGAACAAGUGGUUGAAGUCGCUUUUCCGCUGUAAGCCUCAGCCUGCGAAGAUUAAGCCUGAGGAACUCCUCAAGGAUGAUCUGUACUCUGAAAGCGCAUACUCGAAGGACGAAAGUGCAAAAGCAACGAAAAGUUUCAAGUCUCCCGCAACAUCUGCUAUUUCUGCUCAUGAGUCAUCACCAGUCCAGUCUUCGCGAACAGUUCCGUCCUUCUAUAUCAAUGCAGAUGGAUCAAAAGCUCGGGUUCCUGCCUCACCAUCUGCUUCUCGCUCAGCGGCCAGGUCGCCGUCACCUUGCAGUCGCUCCGCUAAUCCAGCAUCCCCCUCCACCAAGGAGCUUGGACAUGGUUCCGCCUCCCGCUUCACAGCACCUCAGUCACCCUCUACCUCUUGCACCUCUGUUACCAUGCCUCCCCCAGCAAUUUCUCAAGCCUCAGCCUCGCAUGGCCGCUCAUAUCGCUCAAAGUCUGCUGCUAGAUCUGCUGCUGAAGCGUCAUCGUGCUCCUCGGGCGUGUCUCUCAAAUCCUCUCCCAAGCGAGAAUCGAGCACCGCAACAUCUUCAUGGUCUGGCCGGCGCAUGUACAGCGCCGCGAAGAAGCAAUCUGUAGCACCUGCUAUGUCAGCUGAGUCUGGAGCAGCCAUCAGGAUUCAGACUAUUUAUCGUGGCUAUCUGGCUCGUAAGGCUCUUCGUGCAUUGAAGGGGUUGGUUCGCCUUCAGGCUUUGGUGAGAGGCCAUAUUGCAAGGAAGCAGGCAAAAGCUACUCUUCGCUGCAUGCACGCGAUCGUUCGUGUCCAGGCUCGGUUCCGUGCCCGUCGGGUCCGGAUGUCCAGGGAGGGACAACUUGUUCAGCGGCAGCUGGAAAAAAUCUCCCGCAAGUACCACCCUGAAGUGGUCCUCAAACGCAACGAGGUUGGCUGGUGUGAUGCUUCUGGAACGGUAGAGGAGAUUCAAGCAAAGCUUCAAAGCAAGCAGGAGGCCAUCCUUCGUAGGGAACGUGCUUUGGCAUAUGCUGAUUCUCGCUCACUCUGGAAGAAGGAGAAGCCUACCCAGCAACGCUCCAUGGCGUACAUUGACUGCGAGCCCGACAAGGGUGGUUGGGGUUGGAGCUGGCUGGAGCGCUGGAUGGUCGCGAGGCCGUGGGAGAACCGUCUCAUGAUGGCGCACUAUCAGGCUGUCAACCCCAAAGCCAAGCGCCAGGGCGCGCUGCGUCUGUUUGAGGCUCAGGCAGUGGAGUCCAAGCCCCACCGCACUGUGGAGCUGGUGGACAUGGGCAAGUGCAAGAGCUGCGGCCGCCGUGUCCUUGUCAAGCCCUCCGUGGCACAGGCAGCCAACGCCGCAGCUGCUGCGCAGGCGUCCGCUAAUGGCACUGCGCCCUCGAAGGCCAUCCCGCACACCUGCAACAUCUGUGCUCCCACGGUUUCCUGGGCCGCCAAGGUCGGAGCUCUUCCACCGCGUGACCCUCCCCCCGUCGUGAUCACUACCACGGGCAGCAGCCGUGGAGCAGUAGUCAUUGCGACAAUGGCUUCAUCGCGAAUUCCGCUGUCAUUGUUGAUCGCCGUCGUCGCGCUACUGAGCAUGCCUCUCGUCAGUCGCGCUACAAGCAAGGCGGACAUGCUGCAGGAGCUGGUGGUUUACAGCGAGGACGACGCCUUCACGUUCACGGAGCUCGAGGCGCAGCAGGCGGCCAACGACGAGGAGAUUAAAGCCGCCGCCAUCGCGAACGCGUUCCAUCAUCUGCACGGCUCGGAGGACUUCAGCGGCGCGGAGGACGACGACUACGUUUCCGUUUCCGCGACGCGCGAGUCGGAGUCCAAAACAAUGGCGGUCAUCGCAGCGCCAACCAUCCUGGACGCCGUGUCGCAAACCUUGUCGAAGCGGUUGAGAGGAUUUUUCGGCUGA